AUGUCCGACAUGCCCACGACGAACGAGGACGAUGAGAACCUUCAAAUCCCUUCUGCCGGUCAGCAGCUCGCGACUCCCACUUUGAGUCCAAUCAGCGAGCAUGGAGAUCGCGGGACUCAGCCAUUUCCGAACUACGAGAUAGAUGGAAGCACAGAAGAAGUAGUCGCGAACGGAAAGAAGGAGACAGAGGACAACGCGAUAUCUGUACAGACGAAUGGCUUCAAACACCGGGACAGCAGGCGUAGCAGCGCCAGUUCGCCAAAGACUGCGAAGCUCUCGCCAACACAACUCCACGAUCUUGUGCAGUCACCCGACAACCUGCCCGUGAGAGCCUUGAAGAAUCCGGUGGAAGAUGUGCCGGUGCUGAACGGCACGAGUCCAGUGAAUGGUACAGGUUCAGAGCACGGGCUUGGGCUGGGCUUGAAUGGCAUAUCAAAGUCUACCGACAGCGCCACGGAGACAUCUGAUCAGUAUGGUAGUGUGGACGCAUCUCCAACCCUGCCGAAAUUGGGGAGCAUAACGGCAACCCCAGGCGCCGUCACCACCGCCCGUCCACCGAAAGCCGUCCGCUCAGCCUCUUCUCCGUUGAUCCACAGGAAGCAAUCAGCAUCACGAACGUCGAAGGCGAAGCCACCGACUCUAGCGUUGAAAUUCGACGACGAAAGUACUGGACCACCCAAUGGCAACCUCAAAGUGCUGACCUCCAAGGAAGCCCAGGCAUCUCCAAUGCCCUCCUUCAUCCCCGUGCCUCCUCUGUCAUUUCCAACAUAUCUGCAGCUGGAGCUGGCCUCCGACCGACCUUCAGCGUUGUACAUCCAUAGAUCAGCGACCAGUGACUUCCCAUACGAAUCUGCCAAGAUCAAGUUUGAGCGUCUGCUGAACUUCCUGCUGUUGCCGCCAAUUCUGGAGCAGGUCCUAUGGUUCGGAGCUAUAGCAUGCUUGGACGCCUGGCUCUACACCUUCACGAUCCUGCCAUUACGAUUUCUGAAAGCUGUAGCGAUACUGGGCCAGUGGGUCGCACAGAAUGUGGCCAGGGAGGUGCAUGAUCUGGGUACAUUCGUGUACUCCGGUGUUGGGAGAGUCUGGCAGCGGCGAAGGCAGAGCUCCGUCGCGAGCUCACGGCGUCCUUCGAUUGCUGCUAGUGACCACUCUCGACGACCAUCUGUGACCGAUGCAGCCGCUGAUAGCACGCCUCGGCCGAAUGGGCCCGCCUUCCCUGUUCAGUCGGAGAGGAAGCGCAAGACGGACGCCAAGAUUCGGCAUCGACGUACAAGGUCCACGCCAUCGCUUCUGCUGCCAAACCACAAAGCCGACAUACUGCAGGGGUUGCUCAUAGCGGCAAGCUGCACAAUCCUGAUGUGGUUCGAUGCCAGCCGCAUGUACCACAGCAUUCGUGGCCAGGCGGCCAUUAAGCUCUACGUGAUAUACAACGUGCUCGAAGUUUUCGACCGCCUAUUCUCAGCUCUGGGACAAGACGUGCUCGAAUGCCUGUUCAGCAGAGAGACACUGGAGCGUAACGAGAACGGGCGCAGCAAGAUCAUACGGCCACUCUGGAUGUUCAUGCUCGCCCUGGUCUACAAUGUCAUUCACGCGACAGCCCUCUUCUACCAGGUGGUGACGCUCAAUGUGGCCGUCAACUCGUACUCGAACGCUCUACUCACCCUCCUGAUGAGCAAUCAGUUUGUGGAGAUCAAGGGCACAGUGUUCAAGAAGUUUGAGAAGGAGAAUCUGUUCCAACUUACCUGCGCCGACGUUGUCGAGCGGUUCCAGCUCUGGCUCAUGCUUCUGAUCAUUGCUUUGAGGAAUAUCGUGGAGGUUGGCGGCCUCAGCAUCAGCCUUAACACUGCCUUUAGCGGCGCUGCGUCGCCAACCGAUAAUAUGGCGCCCAAUGCAACCGGCAUCCCACUGACAUCUGGAUUCGUGAUUCCGAAAGCCUUUACGCUGAUGCCGAAGUGGACCGGCGAGCUGCUUGGGCCAUUUUUGAUCGUCCUGGGCAGCGAAGCACUGGUCGACUGGUGCAAGCACGCCUACAUCUCGAAGUUCAACAACGUCAAGCCGAACAUCUACGGCCGCUUCCUAGACGUCCUGGCCAAGGAUUACUACUCGCACGCUUUCGCUGACCAGAAUCUUACCAAGCGACUCGGGCUGCCAGUCAUUCCGCUCAGCUGCCUCUUCAUCCGCGCGUGUAUGCAGACCUAUCACAUGUUUCUUGCAACUCACAUGCCGCUGCCUGUCCCAUCGAGCGCUACCAGUAUCUCAUUCGAAUCAGACGCUGCAGCGAACUCGCCUUCUACGACCGCCGCACUCCAGCACGUGGACCACAUCUUUCGCCGUGCUCUUGGACGUUCCUCAUUUGGUGCCGGCGGUGAUGCUGCCUCGUCCGCCUUCUCCUGGUGGAGCCUAGACGACAUCAUCGCCUUUGCGACCAUGGCGAUCUUCUUCCUUGCGCUCUACCUCGUCCUCUUGGCUCUCAAGCUCGUUCUGGGCAUGGCCCUCUUAUCUUUCGCCCGCAAACGGUACAAAGGCAUGAAAGAGCGCGAGCACCAAAUCGUGGACACACACGGCAAGCGGGUCGGCGGCUGGGGCGUUGUGGAAGUCAACGAGGACAAGCGACGCUGGAUCUACGAGGACGAUCCGGACGCUUUGCGAGAUCUGCGGGAGCGCGAGGAGAGAGGGAGGAAGAAGGCGGAGAAGGGCGAGAUGAAGUUGGAUGGCGUGCAGCGGUAUGAACACCAAGCUUUCGGCACCCACACCGGUCCGGGUAGGACGCCUUACAAUGGAUCUUUAUCACAGAGAAUGGCAACCAACCAACGAGAGUAA